AAUCUAGGGUUUCUCUAGCAACUCCCAUAUAAAAACGACACCACUUACCUUCGCUUUGGCCGUCUCUCUCCCGAUUCCGCAGGUUUCAGUCUUCCCUUUUUCGAAACCCUUCAAUUUUUCUUCAUUAAUUUGGGGAAUCAAUGGCUGUUACCUUCUCAGAUCUCCACACAGAGGCUGGCCUCAAAGCCCUUGAUGAAUUUCUUGCUGGCAAAACUUAUGUAUCUGGGGAUCAUCUUACAAAGGAUGAUGUGAAGGUAUACGCUGCCGUUUUGAAGCAGCCCAGUGCUGAUUUGUAUCCCAAUGCUAGCCAAUGGUACCAAUCCGUCUCCUCAAAACUUGCCCCAAGCUUUCCUGGAAAAGCUGUUGGAGUGAGAAUUGGCCAAGGUGCUGCUGCAGAAGCUGCUCCAGCUGUGGUGGCCAAGGAAGCACCUGCAGCAGAAGAUGAUGAUGACCUUGAUCUCUUUGGUGAUGAAACAGAGGAAGAAAAGAAGGCAGCAGAACAGAGGGAGGCUGCUAAAGCAUCCACCAAGAAGAAAGAGAGUGGAAAAUCAUCCGUUCUUAUGGAUAUUAAACCUUGGGAUGAUGAGACAGACAUGAAGAAGCUCGAGGAGGAAGUUCGCAAAGUCGAGAAGCCUGGGCUUUUGUGGGGAGCCUCAAAACUGGUCCCUGUCGGUUACGGUAUAAAGAAGUUGCAGAUCAUGCUUACCAUAGUGGAUGACCUUGUCUCAGUUGAUGAUCUCAUUGAGGACCAGCUCACAGUUGAGCCAUGCAGCGAGUAUGUGCAAAGCUGUGACAUUGUUGCCUUCAACAAAAUCUGAGACCAGUGCCAGUGGACAUACCAGCUCUAACGAUUAUGGGCUGUAAUUUUGUUACUUUCUUUAGUUUUAUAUAUAUUUUUUUAAAUCUAUGUUUAUGAUAUAACGUACUUUUCUAUUAGUUGUCGGCUCUUCUGUUUGCAAGAUUGAAAGAUACUUGAGCUAUUUAAACCAUCCCAAGUUUGAGCAUGAUGCGUGUUGAUUUACAUUUGGAUUAGACAAGACUA